GUCUCGUUUUUUGGUUUUCUUCCAUCAAUUUAGUGGUUAUCUCAGCCAUUGGAAUCGUUUAGCUAACGAAGUGAUUAACUAAUUAGUCAAAAAUUAGGCGACACUCAAACGAGUGUCUGGUCAAGCGGUUCCGGAUACGUUAAGAGCAAUAGUUUAGUUGGUUACUAAGCGGUAAUCCAACAAAGAGCGGCACAAUGCCCGAACAACGCAAUGAAGCAGGUGGAGGUGGAGGUGGUGGUGGCGGCGGCCCUAAAUCAGGUCAUGCAGCAGCAGAGCCAGGUGAAGGGCAGCCCUUGCUGGCCGCGAACAAUCAAACCGCGAAUGCCGGGCAACCGCAGCAAGAACAGCAGCGGCAACCGUCGAAGUUGGAAUCGUUUUUCGCUAUCACAAAGUCGCUGAUUGUGCGUGCUUUGAUUAUCUAUUUCAUUUCAACGAUCUUCCGACGACCGGGUCAGAAUGCCGAGAAUGAAAAGUACAAUGAUGCCGUCAAGAACAGGCUUGUGGCUUGGAAUCUGUUCGACAAUGAAACAGUGUUCGAUUUGUAUGUGUACGUUUCGGAGGAUCCAACGGAGGUUGAGUUUGGUAACCCGAAUGCGCUUGUGUGGCUGCAGGAGGGCCUGCGGUACGGCGAUUGGUACGGUGGGCCGAAUGGCGAUGGGACUUUUACGCUUAAAACCCAGAUUAAGGCGUCGGAACGGUUGAUGAAUAAUGGGUCGAUUUAUUUGCACACCUACGUAACGAAGACCGGACAAAGUCCUAAUCCGGCGGCCGGGGCCGACUUUGCUGGGAAGUAUAUGGGACAUGCCAGCGCCAUGUUGAGCAAGUACAAAAAGAUUAAGAAAGUUAGAACGCACAAUCUGCUGGCCGGAGAGAAGGAAAAAUUCGAGAAAGAGUUGGAUAGCGCGCUGCUGGAGGAUCGAAUUGUGGCUCACUGGCAUCCGAAUUUGACCAUCAAUCUGGUGACGGAUCAAACUACCUGGAUCAGGGGGUCGGUGCCGGCACCGUUGGAUGAGUACAUUAAGUUUUUGCCCGGUGGGCAGACCUAUUUGCCGGUUGUGUUCUACAAUGACUACUGGAAUAUGUUGAGAGAUUAUAUGCCUAUCAACAGCACGACGCCGGUUCUGGAGCUGAACUUGAACUACCAGCCACUGUCUCUGUUCAAAUGGCAACUAUAUGCUGCGCAAACGAUGCGAAACAAAUGGACGAAUAAUAUUUUCGGAGAAGCCUUAUCGGGAGGCUCGGAAUCCGAUGAAGAUCAAGACUCACUCAAGGAGACCCUACUCGAGACGAAUGCUUACCUUCUAGGUCUUACGAUUGCCGUUUCUAUUUUGCACAGCGUUUUCGAACUUCUCGCAUUUAAGAAUGAUAUUCAGUUUUGGAACAAUCGAAAAUCGCUGGAAGGACUCUCGGUUCGUUCGGUGUUCUUUAACGUUUUUCAAUCGCUGAUUAUAUUUCUUUACGUUAUGGAUAAUGAGACGAAUAUCAUGGUUAAAAUGAGUUGUUUCGUUGGUCUUUGCAUCGAAGUGUGGAAGAUCCAGAAGGUCAUUAAUAUUAACAUAACGCGAGAGCAUCUGGUUUUCGGAUUUUUGCCACGGAUAAGCUUCUCCGAUAAGGGCUCGUACGUCGAUUCCAGCACCAAGCAGUACGAUAAUCUCGCCUUCAAGUAUCUCAGCUGGUUGUGCUUCCCGCUGCUGGUGGCCUACGGCCUUUACUCCGUCAUCUAUCACGAGCACAAGGGCUGGUACUCGUUCGUGCUGAACAUGCUUUACGGUUAUCUGCUCACGUUUGGCUUCAUCAUGAUGACGCCGCAGCUAUUCAUCAAUUACAAAAUGAAAUCGGUGGCCCACCUGCCGUGGCGCAUGAUGUCCUACAAGUUCCUGAACACCUUCAUCGAUGACAUCUUUGCCUUCGUGAUCAAAAUGCCAACCAUGUAUCGGCUCGGGUGCUUCCGCGAUGAUAUCGUCUUCAUUAUCUUCCUCUACCAACGUUGGAUCUACAAGGUGGACACAAAGCGCAUCAACGAGUUUGGCUUCUCCGCCGAAAUGCUGGAGAACCGUGACGCAGAAGCGAAACAAUCGAACGAGCUGACCGACGGACCUGCUGCUGCUAACGGUUCCGUAACACCCCCCACCGCUGGUGGAACCGGAGGAACGUCCUCGGACGAAAACAAAAGUCAACCAUCAUCGCCGAACGGCGCUCGAAAGCGUAAAAACAAAAAAGGCUCACCCAGCAGCCCGAAGCCGGCGGCCACACCACCGACGGGCGGGAAAAAGCUGGACUAAGGACAGCCAACUUCUAGCCAAUAAGCUAUUUAAACGCAAAACACGUGCGCAAAUCGGCGUGCUGUGUCCCUACAUAUGUAAAACUAUUUAAAAAUUAUGCUGUUGUAUUUUUGUCUAAACAUUAGAAAACGGUAAUCGGCAAACCCGCAGGUUCUGUUUCGUAGCUACAAGUAGAGUUUAAGUAGUGACACUUUUCGAUACGAUAGGCUUCCUAGCAAAGAUUACCACUGCUGUAUUGAUACACACAAAGAAGCAACCGACCGAUAUUUCAUGAAAAAAAUGAUCUUACUAACCCAUCACUGCAUUGACGGACGGAUAAAUAUUAUAUCAUUUAAUGUAACAGAAUACCUAAAUAGACAGAUGUGAAGAGAUAAACGAUUCCAGCAGCCCAGGUUGGGCGUGCAGAGCGAUACGAAUAAAAUAUGA